AUGGACUCCAUUUCUGUCCUGGAUUGGAGAAUUGAUUCAGAAAUUGGGGAAGAAGAUUGUAGAGGAGAAGAGAGGAGAGGGGAAAUUUCUGACUGCUCUCUGCAUGGAAAAGAAAUCAGGAGGAUUCUUUUCUCUAAAGUACAUGAGACGCGGAAGACUGUAAUUGCAUUCGAGUUUGAUCGAGUGACACAGGAUUAUAAAAUUCACCAGGAUGAGAUACACUCAAAGCUGGUUCAGAUUAUGAAAGAAAGAUUGCUAUUUCAUCUUCGUGGGUUGCCAGAAAUUGUUGAGAGUUGGAGCAGUUCUGAAGAUUCCAAUACACUGCCAAGUCAGUUUGCUCGGUCUAUCACUAAGGAAGUUAACGUUCUACAGCGUGUCUUAUCCCGUACUCUACAUGAGUUUGAAGUUCAAUCUAUCUUCAGGCAAGUGGUUGUGAUAUUCCAUGCCCAAAUUUCAGAGGCAUUAUCCAAAAUUGAUAUUAGCACUCCACAAGCUAAAACCAGACUUCAUCGUGAUAUUGAGAGCCUUCUUCAAUGCAUUAGAUCAUUGCCUUCUGGAAAUUGGAGUGACGCUAGUCCACCAAAUUGGGGGCAACUAGAUGAACUCUUGGUGCAAAGAUUUGGCAGAGAAGUUGAUCCGUAGAUGCUUGUAAAGUAGUUAGUUGAUAAUUGUGGAUUAACAACUAAUCGCAUCUGCUGGGACAAUCUGAGGUGCCAUAAGCCUAUAAUUGGAUUGUUAUACCUCCAAUUGAGGAGUUCGUUUGCUCUUUCAAUGUAUCACUCCUUAUGCAAAUUCGAAUGUGCAGGAGAGGAGAGGAUCUUUUUUAACUGUUGUUUUUUAGAAAUCAUGUGUACCAUUUGCUAAACCAUUGUCUAUAGAAAUCCUAAAACAGCUGAAAAGGAAUCAGAUAUGUGCAGUUCAUUUUGCCCCAUGAUUUUGUUGUUUUAGUAUGGGGCUGCUGAGUUUUUACCUUUUUAUUUUUUCGUUUAUUUGUUCUUCAGUUUUGUCAUCCAAUUUUUUCAGGUUGAUAUAUUAUCAUACGGAUCAAUUGAGCAAUGUGCGGAUGUGAAACUACUGCAUAAUCCAUCUUUCUCUGAUUCAAGUAUGCGUUUAAUAUGAUUCGUUUUA